UUGUUCCAGUUGAUUUUUGCUGCAUCCAGUGCCAUAACCUCAAAGACUGUCAGUGGCUGCCAUUCCCAAGGUGCGUGCUUCAGACGGGCAGUGCUCUUCAUUACCUGCAGUGUUAACGCGGAUUUUUUGUCGUCGGUUAAGAAUGGAGGUGCGUGGUCCUCGGAGGAAUCCCAGCUACCUCUCUGAUCUCUAUCAGAACAUGUUACGGGCUGAAGAACCACUGGGCCGAGGGCAGCAGCAGCCCCCAGCAGCCUGUACAAAUAGCAGCAUGACUUUUCGGAGCAGUGCCCCAGCCAAGGGGGGCCCCCAGCCAAAUAAGCUUCAGAGCAGCAGUUCCUCCAGCUGUGAUCCAGCGUUACGGCCCAUCAUACGCCGCCGAGCGAGAUCUUUGCCUACAUCGCCUGAAAGAAGGAAGCGGGCAGCUGUGCAGUGUCAAGUUCCUGGAUGCCAGAGUCGUACAAACCGGGUGAGGUUUGCUGAUGCUUUGGGUUUGGAGCUCACCGAAGUGAAAGUCUUCCAAACUGGGGAGGAUCCAUCAAUCCCCUUGCAUGUCCUUUCCAGGCUCUCCAUAAACUCAGACCUGUGGUACAGCAGCUCGGACUUGGAGUUUACCAUGCAGUGCUUGGUCCCUGACUUCCAGCAGCCUGCAGACUGUAUGGAUUUCUCCUCCCGACUUCAGGAGCAGCAGGUGUGUCUUGAACGAGUAACCAGCUCAGAUUUGGGGCUCAGUGGCACCAUCCAGGUUCGCAACGUUGCUUUUGAGAAGCAGGUAUCUGUGCGAUACACCUUCAACCAGUGGAAAAGCCUCCAUGAAGUGUGUGCUCAUUGGCACAGUAGCAUCCCUGAGAAAAAUGGGCAGGAUCAGGUUGAUGUUUUCACUUUCUUUCUCCCUGUGCCUCCUUUCCUCCUUCAGCUGUGCUCUGUAGUCCAGUUUGCAGCAAGGUACCAAGUCAACGGCCAGGAGUAUUGGGAUAACAACAGAGGAAAAAACUACAGUCUUACCUGCCGGACCCACCCCCUUAAGAUGCCUCGAGAAUGCGAGGAGAGCUGGAUCCACUUCAUCUGAACGAAGGAAGUGGAUGCAGAGCAGCUUGUCAGUAGUCUCAGUGGCACUCUCUUCCUUGGCAUGGCUCUCUGCUCCUAUGGCAACGGUCUCCUUUUUGAAACCCGUCAAACCUGGCGAAGUGUUCCGGGGCAGGGAAGUAGCCAAUGACCCGUACGAACUGUUCUAAACCUCUCUGAAAAAAAAAAGGGCCAAAAUGUGUAUUGAGUUACAUCCACUGAAAGCUCAGGUGAUUUCUUGUAGUGCAUGAAUCGGUGCAGAAUGGUUCCAAGGGACGCUGUCAGACUACCAGAGAGCAAAACAAGACACUUCAUGUUGUUAGUAAUAUUCUAGGUUGCGUAGAAUAUUUCUGUUCUGUUUUACCAAUUUGUACUGUCUGUUUUCUAAUUGGGCAGUGUGGCUUUACUGGUUUUGUUUCUAAUUAUCUCCCCAAGUCUGGGCACUAUUCCAUUUACGCAUAAUUUGGAUGGCAGACACGGUAGAGAAGUACUUGCAUUUAUAUAUAUAAUUUUAUAUAUAUAUAUAUAAAAU